ACUACGAUUGCAAACGGACGUCAAAAAAUGUGGCACCAUCGCACCAUGGCUGGUCUUCUCCUCCUGCUGACCGUUGUUGGACUGUGCCACGCGUCGGAAUUGGAGCACGAGGGUCGCGUGGUGGGUGGAGUGGCGGCGGCAGCGAACAGUGCUCCCUACAUAGUGUCCCUGCAGUAUGGCGGCACCCAUUAUUGCGCUGCCAGCAUCCUGAAUGCCAACUGGCUGGUCACGGCCGCUCAUUGUCUGGCCAACAGGAACCAAGUGCUGGGAAGUACCCUGGUGGCGGGCAGUAUCGCCGUGGCGGGAACAGCAAGCACCACCCAAAAACGGAGCAUCACUCACUACGUGGUCAACGAUCUGUACACAGGCGGAACCGUGCCCUACGACAUUGGAUUGAUCUAUACCCCAACCGCCUUCACAUGGACCGCUGCAGUGGCUCCGGUGAAGUUGCCAUCGGCAGCCAAGCCAACUGGCAAGGCCACGCUCUACGGCUGGGGUAGCACCAGUAAAACCAACAGCCCCUCGUAUCCCAAGACUCUGAUGGUGGCCAAGGAUAUACCCAUAAUAAGUCUCACCUCCUGUGCGGCGGCUCUGGGUAGCAAGGGUGUAGAUGUCCACUCCACAAAUCUGUGCACGGGUCCCCUUACCGGUGGUACCAGCUUCUGCACCUCGGACUCGGGAGGUCCUCUGGUCCAAGGCAAUGUCCUUAUCGGUAUCGUGUCCUGGGGCAAGCUUCCUUGCGGUCAGCCCAAUUCUCCAUCCGUUUACGUGGAGGUUUCUGCGUUUAAUUCAUGGAUUGCCGCCAACCAAAAGAUUUAAAUUUUGAAGUUAACCAUUUUUGGGAAAUAAAAUUGAAAAGAA